GACACGUUGCAGUUUAUAUAUAGCGCAGCGGCGGUGGCGGCGGUAGCUACACAGCACUGGUACUAAAAUGGAUCUUCUUGCUGAGUAUCUUGAAAAAAUCACAGAUCUGUGUAGCAGCAGCAGCAGCGGGGAUGAAUUUCCUCAAGAACUAAGAACUUGUCUGGAAACUGCAUCGAAUAUUGUAGCCAAACUGAGGGCUUCUUCAGGACUCGCAAAGAAAGACUGUGCCGGUGCAGUCUGCGGAAAUACCUCAAAGCAAGCUGCCCAGAGUGGCCAAUGUACAGGAAUCAAUGCUUACAAGAUGCUCGCACAUCUGACUAGAACCAAAAACAUCCUUGCGCUAGGCAUCUGCUCCACUUCCAUCGCCCUUGCCAUGGCACAUGUUUUACCCAAGGAUGGAAGGGUAGUUCUGUGCUUAGCCGAACCCUCGCCACAGGAAUCCCAAGACCAUUCUCCCCAGGCCGAGAAGAUACAAAGAAAGGUUGGAGCGACCUGUGAUAUUUUGAAGGAGUUGGCCGCUUCAGGCGAGCAAUUUGACAUGGUGUUUAUCGAUGCCGCCGAGCGCAGUCAUAUAAACUAUUACAACCUGAUUAUGAGCGGCAAUAUGCUAAAAAUGAACGGUGUGAUCUGCGUGCAAAGCGCUCUUGUGAGAGAGCAUCAUUCCCUGGAAAUCACGGGUGAUGAGGAGGGAUCGGCCGUGGCCAGGAAAGUGACAGAUGUAAUUAAUACCGACCCGGCGUUGGAACAGGUCACAUUACCCAUAGAUGGUUCCAUUAUCAUUGCAAGAAGGAUAUUUGUCCCUCCAUCUGGCUCGGAGAAGGAUGUAAUUGUGAAGGACGAUGUGUUCUGGGGCUAUAAAGGCCUUAGUAUUCUGGAUCGGAUGCGCUUAGAUGGAAGGGUGGCCUAUGUGACAGGGGGUGGUCAGGGUAUUGGAAGAGCCUUUGCCCAUGCCCUAGGGGAAGCAGGAGCCAAAGUUGCCGUUGUAGACCUGAUGCUUGAGAAAGCAGAGGCUGUUGCCUUUGAGCUACAAGUAAAGGGGAUAAAAUCGGUUGCCAUAGCAGCGGAUAUUAGCAAAGAAGAAGAUGUGAAAAGGAUUGUAGAUACAAUUGUGACUAAUUGGGGGAGAAUUGACAUAGCAUGUAAUAACGCUGGGAUUAAUAUGAAUUCGGCGAGCGAAGAUACCACGCUGGAAGAGUGGGACAAAACAUUCAGUGUGAACCUGCGGGGCCUUUUCAUGUGCUGUCAGGCUGCAGGCCGCGUUAUGCUGAGUCAAGGAUACGGCAAGAUAAUUAAUACAGCGUCUAUGGCAAGUUUAAUAGUCCCUCACCCCCAGAAGCAGUUAGCGUACAACACGUCCAAAGCCGGGGUGGUGAAGUUGACUCAGACUUUGGGAACAGAAUGGAUUGACAGAGGAGUAAGAGUUAACUGCAUAUCACCUCUCAUCUUUUGCUUGCCUUAUUGCUUUCUGCAUGCUGGAUUGGCCUGCUCGUACGCAAUAGGAGUCUCGGCUGACCCAGAUAAGUUAAAUGGGCAUCGUUGACACGCCGCUCAUCCAUUCCGAUGCCUUAAAACCACUUGUUCAGCGCUGGUUGAACGAUAUCCCUGCCGGAAGAUUGGCUCAAGUAACAGACCUACAGGCUGGCGUUGUCUUCUUGGCGUCGGAAGCCUCCGACUAUAUGACAGGCCACAAUUUAGUCAUUGAAGGAGGCCAGAGCCUUUGGUAGAAGGAGAGAAGCGUCGCUUUUCAUUCAGAGAAACGCUGAGACGUGCGUCGUAGCUGUUGUCUUUCCCUGAGACAAAAUAGGAUUACCGCCGUGGCAUUAUUCCAAUCACAACGCAACAACAGAGCACACAUUUGCCUAAUGCUGCUUCCGCAUUCGUUUUUACAGGUGCAUUAUUGGGUAAUGCUGGAUAAUAGCUACAAAAUGAUAUUGCAUCCUAAGAGUUGAGAAGCGAAUGAUUAUUUUCAGCACCGUAGGGAAUUGGCAUUCUCCGAGUAACAUGGUUUAUUUUCCAUUUUAUGUAGGUAAUAAUGUAUGAGGUAUUUGUAACGUGUUUGUAUUGCAACAUGUUAAAGAGCUGCAGUUAGGUUUCAGGGGUCAUUGGCUAACUGUAUUGUGGUUGUGGGCCCUAUUCAUUAAAGGUACUUGCAUCAUUA